AUGAAUCCUGAAUAUCAAGGCAACCCAGGACAACAAAUGAAUCCUGCAUACCAAAGCAACCCAGGACAACAAAUGAAUCCUGCAUACCAAGGCAACCCAGGACAACAAAAUAAUCCUGAAUACCGGGGUAACCCAGGACAACAAAUGAAUCUUGCAUACCAGGGCAACCCGGGACAACAAAUUAAUCCUGUAUAUCAGAGUAACCCAGGACAACAAAAUAAUCCUGAAUACCGGGGUAAUCCAGGACAACAAAUUAACCCUGCAUACCAAAGUAACCCAGGACAACAAAAUAACCCUGCAUACCAGGGCAACCCGGGACAACAAAAUCUGCAAUUUCAACAUCGUCUUGGUGAACAGCCUAUCCCUGUAUUUCAGGGUAAUGCCAGCCCCCAAAUUUAUCCUGGGAAUACUGUUAGUCACGACAACGUGCCAUUCCCGAGUAGUCAAGCUACCCAAACCAAUAACAUGAGUCAAAGUACUCCUGGAUAUGAUGCAAGAGCUGGAUUCCCCAGAGAGUCCAGUUAUAGCAGCCAACGUGCAUCACAAGGAUUCCAAGAUUCUACUCCCAUUGAGGGGAACCCGACCUUUCAAGAGCAAACAUACGUUCAGGGGUAUCCGCAGUCUCAAGGAGUGCCUAACUACCAACACAUUCAACCUCAGGAAGCGAUUCCUGCUCUUCAACGUGGCUUAGUUCAACAAGGCAACUCUGCUCCUCAGAUUAGUGCUCCCACUGAUACACAGUAUCAAGGCAAUCUGGAACAACAGCGUUCUGAUAUGGGACAGCAGCAGUAUCCUCGUGAUUUUGGCAACCAGGGAUAUCAAGGCAACUUGCAAACUAGUGCGCCAUACCAGAGUCGUCCAGCAACCGACCAGAUACAUCCCAACGUUCAAUCGUACUCUGACUAUCAACCCUUUCCUGCACAGCAUGAAAAUGUGGGUCAUCCCACACAGGGUUAUCCUGCUAGACAAGGAUAUCAAGGUGAAAUUUCCUCCCAGGGUAUAGCAGGUCAUGGUCAAAGCACUGGACACCAUGUUCAUCCACCUAGACCUCAGAUCGACCCUGCAGGUGGUCAGGUGCAGCAGAACUAUAGUAGUUAUCCGACACAGAAAAAUCAAUACUAUUCACCAGAACGUCCUGAACACCCGGCUGGCAAUGCUUACACCCCUAACGUAGCCGAGCAGGGGAAUCAACCCAUGCGCGGAAACCCCAACUAUCAACCACAAGAUGUGGGCACGCACACUCACCGCAAGGACGUCACGCAACCACUCAUUGUCAACGUAUCAACCGCUUACAACCCUGCUGGCCCACCACCGGGCAUGCCGGAGCAGUACCAGGAACUACUGCAGAAGCCGACGUCUCUGAAGCGCGUCACCUUUCGAGACAACCUCGAAACGAUCAUCGAAGCAAGUCCGGUGCACUCCGGUCCGGAGUCGGGCGAGGAGGGACCGAGGGAGCUGCGUGUGUACAGACAGACUCAGCAGGACCUCGCCAACAGCCACAUAUACGAUGACCUUCCCCUGCUUGCCACUGCAGACGCUUCCGCGCAGCGCGGACAGCAAGAUGGCGGCAGGCGGCCGGACAGCGCAGCAGCGCCCGUGUACAGGAUCGCGGAGCCGCAGCAGCAGCACCCGCUCUACCAGCCGCUGCCGCUCGCACCAGGAACCCUCGUCAGUCCGGCCGACCUGUCCGACCAGAAGCCGGAGCCGAUCUACGCGACGCUCGACAAGUCGACGAAGAGCGGGAAGGGCACGGCGUACGUGACAAUGCUAGACGGUGCCGCUGCGAGGCCGCCCGUUGAGGUCAAAGACGUUGCCGUAGCAGCAAGCCACGAAGAGGCGGCAUUGACAGAACCACAUGUGCCUAGAAGUCCCGUGGUGCCACCGCGGGCUCCGAUUGAGAGCAGUAGACCUGUGGUUGCUAGUUUAGGUGCGCCGUCCAGGCCGCCAAAGGAGACUAGGGACGUUCUCGGUUCAGUAGACAGCAGUCCGAUUUUGCCUCGGUCAGAUUCAGUAGACGCACGACAAACUAGUCAUGUGAGUACGAACUCUGUUAUUACGCCGGCAAGCACUGGUGAUAACAACUCCCAGGUCAUGGAGAGUGGUGUAGGCCAGCAGGUGGCAGGCCCGUAUUCUAUGCCAAUUCAAGUCUCGCACAGUAUAUCAAGUGACAACAUAAGUCAAAUACCAGCAAGACACGGAAUAUACAGCAGCAAGCAACGACAAGACAGCAUCCCAGUCACCGUCUCUUCACAAAAAACUACAAUGUACAUCUCACCUGCUCCUGCCCCUCAAUCACAGAUUUCAGGCAGCUCUGUAAUGCCAUCAAGAUUCCCAGUGGACGCGCCUAGGAGUUCAGAAAGCAUCGUUGCUCCCCCGGCGCAAGCCACCACUCCAGACACGCAACCAUUACAAAACAAGCAACUCUUCUCCGAAACAGAACGAUCUUCACCUCGAAGCUCGACAAUUACCACUGCCCCAACCACGCGGAGUGCUGCACCUCAAAGUACCGAUGGUGAGGUAGCGCAACCUGACGGACACAGAGAGGGCGGCGGCACAGCGCGCGAGCAGCAGGUUGUCACGGUCAUCCGGCGACUGACACCGAGUCAGACGGAGCUGGAGAGAGCGAUGGCUCUCGUCGCUGAGCUCAGUGAGUACGACUCCGAGCAGGAGCAGGAGCAGCAGGAGGGAGGCGACGGCCAGAGGAAGGUGAGGAAGACCCGGGCGGCACGCGACGUGAAGCAACAGCAGCAGCAGCAGCAGCAGACGCCCCCGAUACCACCAAUAGGUGCUAGCAGUCAUCAGACGACGAAUCCUUCAUUCAGUCUCCCACCUAGACCUGACCGUCAGGCCAGUCCACGUCAGAUUAGCCCUAAAGACAUCAGUCCAAGACAGCUUACCCCUAAAGAGAUCAGUCCAAGACAGGUUAGCCGUAAAGAGGUCAGUCCAAGACAAGUAAGUUCGAGAGAUGAUGAUGAGAAUCAAGGCAGAACUGCCGAAGUGGCAGAAGGCCAACUACCUGUAGGGUCACACCAGCAAAGCAUAGAGCCACCAAUCAUUAAGAGCAUCAAAACAGUAGCUGCUGAUAAUUCUCAAGCAGCGGAAAAAAGGCAGCAGCAGCAACAGCAACAGCAACAGCAGCAACAGCAACAGCAGCCACAGCAACAGCAACAGCAGUCAUUACAUCACAAAGCAGUCGAGGUCGUGGUCACUUCUACAUCGCCUACUUCCGUUACCAAUGCAGCAAUGAAUCCGCCUCAGUUUGCCGAGGGAGUGACAUACGACUAUGGGCAUAGUAAGCUUGACGGCAUAGCACAGCAGACGCCUCGCACAGCCAUCACGACUGAAGGUUCGCCGCUGCUCCAGCGACUACACGAGGAGAAAGUCCGACGCAGCACAAAGGACGAGCUCCCCGAAGUCGCGUCGGCGCCGAUUGCACAACAAGAGAGCAUCUCGAAGGAAGAGAUGUGGGAGGUGCGCGGCGAUCAGAAGGAAGGCGAAUUGACACCGGGGAAGGAACCCGCAGUGAGCAGCUCCAGCAAGGAGGAAGCGGUCGAGAGGAAGGGUCCAUGGAGGAAGCUUCUUGAGGAGCAGCUGGCGAAGCGAGAGGAAGCCAAGGCGCAGAAGAAGCCAUGGCAGGAGCAAGCCGACGAGAUGCUGCAGGAGGAAGCCGAGGAGCCUUGGCAGCAGCAGGUCAGCCUCAUGUUGCGCACGCAGCCCGACGAGACGUGGCAGAAGACACAUGACGUGCCGAACGAAAGCCAAAAGCCGGAGUCUGAUGUGGGGAAAGCCUCCGUCGCGAAGUUGGAUCCUCGGAUGAGGAUCGGGAGGGAGGAAUCCGAGAGACGGCGGAACGUGGAGUGGGAGCAGGAUGUUACGGGGAACGAAGCUAGAAGGAAGCCGGAAUUGUCCCCGAUGGAGAGAGAGGAUGUCGUUGCUCCGGAGAAGCGUUCGCAGCGUAGCAGCGAUAACAGAAAAGCGAAUGCAGCUCCGCUAACUCUCGAUGACAGCCAGCAGGUAGUCCUGCAGCAGCAAAGUCAGAUGCAGGACCUUCAUCGUGCAUGGCUGGAAAGAGCUGAGAAGCAUACAGAGCAUGCGGCGACAGUAAAACCGCAGCCUGGCCAGGCUCUGCAGAACGAGUUGGAUGCGGCACUGGCGGCGCAGCACCGCAAGCUGCAGCUGAAGCUUGAAGAGGCUGAGCAGCGGCAGCAGCAGCAGCAGCAGGUGGAGGACGAACUGCAGAGGCAGCAGGAGGAGCAGGUGAGUCGAGAGCGCGAAGAGUGGGAGCGACUGCAGCACGAGAAACUAGAAUCGCAGCAACGUGAGUCGGAGCAGCGACUACAGCAGCAGAAGGAAGAGCAACAGUUGAUAUUCGAAUGGCAACAGCAGCAGCAGCGAGAACGUGAAAAGCUAGAGUUGGCCGAGCAGCAAAAGCAAUACGCGGAGCGAGAGGAAGAGAAGUUGGAAGAGGCACGGCAACAGGAGCAAGAGCAUCAACUAAAGCAUCGUCAUCAUCAACAACAGCAGCUCCAUCAGCAAGAGAAGCAGGAGGAUGAGGCAGUGGAUGAGAGAAAACUGCAGUUGUACCUGCAAAAGGAAGACCUCGACGCGGAGGAACGGCAGCGAACGCUAGUGCGUGAGAAGCGAGAGAAGCAGAGGAAGAUAGAGAUGGAGCUGCUGCAGCGGAGGCAGCGAGAGUUGGAGGAGCAGCAGCGACAGGACGAGAUGGACGCUCAGCGAACUCUUGAGCGACAGCGGUCGAAAGACGGGCGUCGCCGUGACGAUGCGCCGCCAACGCCGCAGAAAACAAUCGGGAGCCUCAUGGACAGGAUCGCUCAGAUCAUCGCCGAAGAGCCGGGGUCUCCAGAGACGACGCCACAGGGGCUCUUGAUGAUGCUGCCUGGCGCCGCCGCCGGGCGACCACAGCCCGAGAAACAGUCGGCCGGGGAGCGUGACGAUAGGCGGCCGGCGCAGCAGGGAGAAGGUGAACUAAAGCUGCUGCCUCCUGUUAGACAUCACGGUGGACAGUGGCUGUCCUAUAGCAAGAUGGACGAUGCGCUGUCAGAUGCGGAGGAGGUGGUGCCAGCCCGUCCCGCUCUCCCCCCCAACUAUGAGAGCCUUGCGCCCGCCUACAUCCCACCGUCUAGCCCAGCGCUGUCAGGCAUUUCAACAGACAGGCCCUCACGGUCAAGCUCGUCCAUGUCAGCAGACAGGCCCUUAGAUAUUUCACGGUCAAGCUCUUCCUUGUCCUUGUCCAGCGCUCCAUCGGGGUACCCCGCGGGUGGUCACUCUGGUGUGUCCGGCCACCCGCGCCCAGCGGGCGUACGCUCGCCAAGCCCCGCACUGUCCGGCGGCGGACGAGUCGACCUAGUCCCGCUCAAGUCUCCUGCCGGAAGCUUCGCUGGUUUCUUCGAGGAAGCGACCAAGCUGCACUCUCCGCGCGGUCAUCCCGGCGGUCAUCCCGGCGGUCAUCCCGCCACGCCGCGGCCUCUCUCCCCGCCGCGGCUCGACCCGGAGGAGUACAUCGGGGAAGAGGUUGAUGAGGAACAGCUGUAUAGGGAGCUGGAGCGGGAAGCAUCCCUGCCGCCGCCGCGCCGCCCGCGAAGCUACAGUGUCUCCUCCUACUCCUCACUCUCCAGCGAACAGUCGCUAGACGAGGAACUCGAGGCGUUACAGGGAGCAGCAGCUAGAGGCAGCACACCGCAGUCUGACUCGGAGCUGUGGGCGCGGCGGCCGGGCGGGUAUGGCACGCUGCCGUCGCGGCUGCAUGCGGUCAGUCUGUCCGAAAAUAUGGACAAGGUCGGCGCGAGGGAGCGGGCGAUGCCGCAAUCGACCUCCAGCGACUGGAGCGCACGUCUCAGCAACCUGGAGACACUGACGAGGGGGAGGGAUCCGAGGGAGAGGGAGAGGGAGAGGGAGAAAGAUCCGAGGGUUCCCUACAAGGCUCGCUCGAUGUCCGUCGACAUGACAAACGCCUCCGGAUCGGCGGUGCCGGCGGAUUGGUCGCGAGAUUCCGUCGCGGCGUGGAUUAAGUCUAGGUCGCUGUCGGUCGGUCGCGCGCCGCCGAGUCCGCGCUCGGUCGAUGCCAGCUCCGAUCUCUUCUCUCUCGACAUCUCGCGUUCCAUGUCGCCCUCGUCUGACAUCUCGAGGUCAAGGUCGCCGGGGUCGGACGACUGGUCAAGGUCAAGGUCGCCGGGGUCGGACUGGUCGCGGUCAAGGUCGGUCGACUGGCAGCCGCUGUCACGAGCAAAGUCGUCGUCGACGCAGUCACUGGACUGGUCAACGCUGAAGCCGCUGCUAGCGGAGCAGAUGAAGAGGUUGCGCGAUCCGUUGCCAGACGCGGUCGCCGCGGCGACGACGCCGCGAGACGAUGCCGGGCCGCCGCGACCGCCGCUGCCGCCCGGCUACGAUGAUCGCCAGACAAGUGAACAGCAGCGAAACAUAAGCGAAUCGCAACAGCAGCCACAUGCUAAGCCAGAUGGCGCCAGUGUGAGAGAUAGCAACCAGCAGUCAAGCCCCACACCUUUAGGAGGGAGAGCCUCCCCGAACGCACCCAUCCCCGGGUUCAGAUCCGUGAAGUUCGCACCAGAGCAUAAUAAAGAGUACUCGCCGGAGGAGACGAAGGUGCUGCCAUCUAGNAGCGUUGCCCCGCCACCUACACGAGAGUGCGAGCGAGGGGAGAGUGGUGCUGUGGCAAACCUCCGUCCACGUGGAGCCCAUCCCAAGAUCCCCAUCAAGUCUCCGCCGGCAGCAACGGCAGCGAGGGCGCCACCGCAGGAGCCGGCAGCGCCACCUACCAGCGUCGCAGCCGACUCCGUGUGGAAGUCUGCAGCGAAGCCUGUCAGAUCGUCAGGCGAGAGCGGAGGCGGCCGGCGUGGCGCCCCAGCUGACGGGCGGUGCACCGCUGAGAGCUGUACGGCGAGAUCCUCCUCUUGGACGAUCACAGCACCAGUAGGCAUUGCAUCUAAAACACCUGAACAGCCAGAUCCUCAGUUCCCCAGCCAGGCGUCACUGUGGAAAGACAAGAUGGCCACCUCUCCGGGACGCACCUCUCCAUCCGCCUCCUCCCCCGUGCGACCCUCCCCCCAGGCUAAGUGGAGUCCGGUAGCCACCACACCGCCCUCACCGCUGGGUAGGUCUGUCUCGCAGGUGUCCGCUCAGACGAAGAUGGAAGGAGGCAGCGCGGCGGAGGAGCGUAGAUCUCUCCAGGGGGCACCACCGCUGCCAGCGAGGCCGGCAGCCGCAGGCGGAGAGAUCCCGAAGGGAGCUCAGUACCUCGGCACCGAUGAGAGGCUGGAAGGGGAUGUGAAGCACACCGACUCCUACUACCUGGUGCCCGGCAGGGAGACGACGACGACCGUCAUCGAGAAGCGCGGGCCGCCGAAGGUGGAGGGCAUCGGCCCGCUGGAGAAGGAGACCGGAGUGCCGAUCGUGCCGCGUGCU